AUGUCGUUCGAUCGCCUCAACUCCCUAGAGGCCCAGCCUACAACCUUCCGCCGAUCGGAUGACCCGCAGUAUCGCGAUGACCCCGACUUCGACCGUCUCGCCGAGUCCCUGUCGAACCAACUGUUUACUCUGACCAGCAACAUCACUAGACUCUCAGACCAGAUUGCCCUUAUUGGAACCAAGCGCGACACGGAGCGAGUGCGCGAACGGAUUCAUAAUCUACUGGAGGAGACACGUGCGGGGUUCAAAGAAGCCGGAGAGGCAAUCAAGAAGGUCCAGACAUGGGAGGAGGUCAACCCCUCUCAAAAAUGGACGCAGCAGAAGCUGUCCACCGAGUUCAAGGCCUCCUUGGAUGAGUUUCAGACGGUGCAGCGUCGCGCACUGGAGAAACAGCGAUCGGCAGUCGCUGCUCGCGCCGGAAUGGAAGACGGCGAACACCCAUCUGGCCCUGGCGAUUCGCAAUCACAGGAGCUGCUGCUCGAGCAGCAAUCGCAACUGGCGAACCAGGGGGAAGUGGAUUUCCAAGAGACGCUGAUCAUUGAGCGCGAGGCCGAGAUCCGCAAUAUCGAACAGAGUGUCGGUGAACUGAACGAGCUGUUCCGGGAUGUUGCACACAUCGUCCAUGAACAAGGCGGUCAACUGGAUAUCGUCAGCGAGAACGUUGAAAACGUUACUCAGAACACCCGGGGCGCGAAUACCGAGCUCCGUUCAGCCCAUCGGUAUCAGAAGCAGGCUCGCAAUAAAGCGUGCUGCUUGCUCGUCAUUCUUGCCGUCAUUCUGGCUAUCAUUGUGCUAGCCGUUGUCCUUGGAUAG